AUGGCGCCUUUCGAGUUCAAUUCCACUACCCAUUUCCUCGCUUCAUACGACUCCACCACGAUCGACGUCUACGAGCUGAUGAUUUCGUCAACGAGCUCACCGCCGUCAGCGGUCAGAGCCACCGACUGCAAGCUCGUCACAAUUAUCGCGACCUGUAGCCGCGACCAGCUGGAGGAGAAUCAAUACGACGCCCUGAAGCUGUUCGACGAGGAGAUCGCGGGACGGGACCUGAGGAAUCUGGCGGAAGACCUCUCCCAGUCGCAUUUCUACGUCAACCCACUUGGCAACACCUUCAUAGACGUAUCCGGCGGCGGCGGAGGAUUCGUCGACCCGGCGUUUGGGGUACAGUUCUUCAGAUUAAACGACACCUUCAACUGGUCUCAAUACGGCGCCGUUAGACCCCCUCCGCCGUCUUCAGUCGCCAAUCUGUGGGACACCCGCCACGGAUUCCCCUGCCGCAGCGGCGAGAAGAGCGAGGCGAUCGUCGAUUACAAAAAGCAAUUGAAGGAGAAGGACGAGAAAUUGGGGGAAUUGAAGACUCAAUUGAAAUCCAAUACCAUAGAUCUGGAAUCGGCGAAGAGGGAUCUGGAGAAGUACCAAAAGUGGUGCUACGAUUUCAGUCCAGUGCGGUGUUGGGUGCCGUCGUUUAAGGAGGAGGCGAUCGAUGCGUUCUGGCUGUUGGACGAGGAUUGCGGCGGACUUCCCCCGCCGCCGACGGUCCAGGUGUGGAACGCCGACGGGAAGUUUGAUGCUGAGAAUUGGUGGUGUAUUAAGGCGAAUCGGAGGAUGCAAGGUGGUGGGGAGACGACGAUGCUGGUGUAUUACGACGGCGAUUUCGAUUAUGCGGUGAUUGAUAAUCCGAUGACGUCGAGAAAGGAGCGGGUUUCGGUGCCGUAUAAGGUGAAGAACGGGGAGUUCGCGGCGGAUCGGAAUUUCAGCCUCGGGUAUUUUCCUUUCACUUGGGAGACUCCUGUGGAGCUGGUGCCAUCUCUGGAGCGUGGACAUGGUGGUGGUGAUGGUGUUCAGCCUUCUCCUCUGGCGCAUGGUGAUGAUGGCGAUGGUGGUGGUGUUCUUCGGACUUGUGUGGAGGAAGAACAUGGUGAUGGUGAUGAUGUUCAUGAGAUGAGGGAGCCAUCGCCAUUGGCGCGUGAGCAGGAGCUGGAAGGACCUUGGAUGGAGCGUGAGUCUUGGACUUGUGAUGAACACUUGCUGCAGCCUACAUUACAUCACAAGUUCACAACUCAAAACUAA